AUGAGUCUGCUCAGUCUCAACUACGACGUCCUCGCUCUCGUGCUCCGCCAGCUGUCCCCGGCGGAUGCCCGCCAACUCGCGCUCACCAGCCAGCAGCUCUACGAGCUCGCCUCUCGCCGCGCCCUCGCCCGCGUCACGCUAGGCGGUGCCUUCUACUCGUCCCGGCCCGCCAUCCACCAGCUCAUCCGCUUCUGCACCGCCAUCCUCGCCCGCCCCGCUCACCUCCCGUUCCUCCUCCACCUCGAGGUCAUGCGCGAUGCCGUCCGCCGCCGCAUCCGAGGCGCCUGGGCCGUCGACCCCGCCUGCGUCCGCGUCCUCGCCGAGGUCAUCGCCCGCGCGUCUCGUCUCAACGAGAUCACCCUCUGGGGCGCCGACGCCCUCUUCGUCGCGCACCCGCCCAUCAUCGACGCCCUCAAGGGCCUCCCCGCCCUCCGCACCGUCACCCUCGGCGGUGCCCUCCCGCCCCUCCCCGCUCUCGCACGCGCGUUCCCGCACCUGCGCACCCUCCACCUCGUCGACGGCGGCUCCUGCGCGCCCCGGGACAGCGCACUCGCGACCGACGACGCACACACGCCCGCCAGCGCCGGCUGGACCGCACUGGACAGCGUCGACGCGGCGCACGCCGUCCUCCCGCUCGCGUGCCCCGUGCGCCGCCUCGCGCUCCGCGACCCGCUCCACCCCCGCGCACCCGAGCGCGCGCGCGCGGCCCUCACGCUCCUCGCGCGCACCCGCCCCGUCGUCCUCUCCUGCGCGCUCGACGUGUCCCUCGACUCCGCCGCCUUCGCAGCGCGCUUACCCGCCGCGGCGCCCGCGCUGCGCUUCCUCGAGAUCGAGCUCUACGGGUGCGAGUCGGAGAAGGACGCCAGAGCCUGGAUGACUGCGCUCGCGCCCGCGCUCGCCCCGCUCGCCCUGCGCGGCCUCGCCCUCCGGCGGCACGCCACCCAGCCGCGCUCGGCGCCGCCGACCCCGCUCUGCACGCCCCUCCCCUCGCGCGCGCCCUCCCCCGCGGCCGACCCCGAUGCGCUCGCGCGCGCGCUCGUGCGGGCGCUGCCCGUGCAGUUCCUCGCGCUGCAGCCUGCGGACGGCGGUGCGGGGGAGGCGCUCGAGGGCGCGUGGUUUGAGGCGGUGGGCCGGGCGAGGGCGGAGAGGAUGCACGAGGAGGAGGGCCGGCGCGUCGCGCGGUGGCUGCGGGCGCUGGAUCGGUACGAUUGA